CGCGGCAGUUCCGGUUCUUACUGUCGCGCGGCUCCCGAGCCGCGGUUGCGCGAGGAAAGGUGGGACGCCCAGGUCUGUCUCAAACAUAGCUGGACUUUGGUGUAUUUAAUUUGAGAUUUUUCUUAACAGGUAAUGCAUAAUAUUUCUUUUACUAAAAGAAAUGAGUGUAACUAGUAUUGCAUUAAGAGUUGAAACCUGGCUUUUAGCUACCUGGCAUGUUAAAGUACCUGUAACGUGGCUGGAAGCUUGUAUUAACUGGAUCCAAGAAGAAAAUGAAAAUGUAAAUUUGAGUCAGGCACAAAUGAAUAAACAAGUAUUUGAGCAAUGGCUCCUUACUGAUCUAAGAGAUUUGGAGUAUCCUCUUUUACCUGAUGGCAUUAUGGAGGUUUCAAAAGGAGAACUGAAUGGGUUUUUUGCUCUGCAGAUUAAUUCACUGGUGGACAUAAGUCAACCUGCGUAUUCCCAGAUACAAAAGUUGAGAGGAAAGAAUACAACGAAUGACCUAAUUACAGCUGAUACACUAGUAACCCAAAAACCUUGGGAAGCAAAACCUUCACGAAUGUUAAUGUUACAGCUAACUGAUGGAAUUGUACAAAUUCAGGGAAUGGAGUAUCAGUCUAUCCCAGCUCUACAUUGUAAUCUUCCUCCAGGUACAAAAAUUUUGAUUUAUGGAAAUAUUUCUUUCCGACUUGGUGUUCUCUUACUAAAACCAGAAAAUGUGAAGGUAUUAGGAGGAGAAGUAGAUGCUCUUUUAGAGGAAUUUGCACAAGAAAAAAUACUUGCAAGAUUAAUUGGGGAGCCCGAUGCUAUAGUUUCAGUCAUACCAAGUAUUUCUAACCAAAGCAUCCCCAGAACUGCAGAUGUUCUAGAUCCUGCAUUGGGACCUUCUGAUGAAGAACUCUUGGCAAGUCUUGAAGAAAAUGAUGAGCUUACAGCAAAUAAUGAUGCAUGCUUGGAAAGCAAUCUCAGCAUAGAUAAUUCCUCAAAUACUGUUCCCUCAAAAGGAUCAGGUGGUGAACAAGGAUUUGUUAUUCCUCCAAGACCAAAGGAAAAACUACCAAAUCAGUGUAUAUAUUUCACUGAUGGGGAAUUAGAUGACUUUUCACUGGAAGAGGCCUUGCUUUUAGAAGAAUCUGUCCAGAAAGAACAAAUGGAGACCAAAGAAUUUGAGCCUUUGACUUUAAACAGAAACACAGAUGCAAAUACAGAGAGCUUUUCAUGUAAACCUAAUACUCUGAAUGAUUUUUCUUUGUUUUGCAAAAAUGGAAGUAAUAAUUGGAAGGAGAAAAGAUUAUCUGAACAAAUCACUCAUGAAGAUCACUCUUUUAGUUGCCCAAUUGCUAGAGACCAAAACAAUGUUUUUUCACUUCCUAAUGUGUCUCCAUCUUCUGAUUUGAUAAACAAAGAUAAGAACUCAGAGAUAAAUCAUAAAAUAAAACAAACCAUCAGCAGUUCAGAUGGACAUUCUGUAAAUAAUGAAAAUAGAAGUUUGAUCAAUUAUGUUCACAAAAGGAGUUCACAAGAUUCUUAUGAAAAUCACCCAAAUUUACAGACUCAUUCUUUAAGAUUGUCCGAGAAUAGUACUAAUCAUUCUAUUGCCAUGGAUUUGUAUUCUCCACCAUUUACAUACUUAUCUGUUUUAAUGGCCAGCAAGCCAAAGGAAGUUACAACAGUGAAAGUCAAAGCUUUCAUUGUAACCUUAACUGGAAAUCUCUCAAGUUCUGGUGGCAUUUGGAGUAUAACAGCAAAAAUUUCUGAUGGUACUGCAUAUCUAGAUGUAGAUUUUAUAGAUGAAAUACUUACUAGUCUGAUAGGGUUUUCAGUAUCAGAAAUGAAACAGUUAAAAAAGAACCCUCUUCAAUACCAGAAAUUUCUGGAUGGUUUGCAGAAAUGUCAGAGAGAUUUAAUAGAUUUGUGUUGUCUAAUGACUAUUUCAUUCAAUCCCUCCUUGUCUAAAGCAAUGGUAUUGGCAUUACAAGAUGUGAAUACGGAACACCUUGAGAAUCUGAAGAAGCGAUUGAAUAAAUAGUUAACAAAAAUAGUGUAAGGAAAAAAAAGGAAACAUUUAGAACUAAAUAUGUCAUUUUAUUUUUGAAACUUUUUGUAAACAGGA